AUGGAGCCAACAGCAGCCGCAAGUACACCGGCGGUAUGCCAAGAGAGCAAAGGGGACCCUCGGCUGCUUGGCCGGCGAAACCUCGAUGGGCGGCAACAGCAACAGCAGAAAGCUCACAUGGAGGAGCUUGCAGCAGAAGGCAGGAAAGCAGCUGCCGACCACAAGGCUGCCGAGAUUCGACCGGGCUGGUCCCGAGCCCUGCGGGAAGCGAAAGUGCGAAGCACAGCCUCCAAAGACUCCGAGGUGUUGGGUGCCCUUCAUGAAGGUAGCCGAGUGCUGGUGGCAGAAGUGUGCGGCAAAAAGGCACGCAUCCAACAGCCGCUCUCUGGCUGGAUUGCUUUGUCAAAGCACACAGAGCCCGUGCUUGAGCAGGAGUCAUGCCAGGUGCAGGAAGGCGGGCUCGCAUCGUCUUGGGUGGUAAGCCAUGUGCUGGCGCGACUUUCUCAGCCGGCGCCGCAAGCUGAGCAGCCCCUGGAGGCACCUGAGGAGAACGUUGACCAUGAUGCCGACGCGGACUCAGAGGUGGAACCGCCAGCCCCUCCCAUGACGACUGCUGAGCUCGCGAAGCCCAUCCUAGAUGCACUGGCUUUCAAGAUUCGAAGAUCCGACGCAGUUGGCGCGAAAGGCUUCGCCGACGUGGGCUGGAUGAAAAACGUGGCGUGCCAGUGCCAGCCCCGUCCGAACGAUUUCGGCUCAGAGAUCGCGGGAACGACUUCCGGAUUGCCCAAAUCCGGGGUCGCGAUGAGUGUUGGAGGAGGCUCAUCUGGACAGAACUUCUGCUCGAGUAAUGCGGGAUUCUCCGGAACGCCGCUGUGGAAACUGAAGCAGCAGGGGCAGCUGCCGAACCAAUGGCGAGAGCAUGAAGAGGCGAAAGAACUUCAGGCGAAGGAGUUGCGUGAGGAAGAGGAGGCAGCUGCGACACUGCGAGUUGCCGUGGAUGCCGUCAGCUUGGGGAGGGUGGAUCUCAACCUGGUGCGCCACAUCGUCGUCAAGGAUCUGAGGAAAGCGGCGGCCAGAUCCAAGAUCGCGUUGCCUACGGGAGGCCUCUUUGAGAACAAAGCACCUUUGCAGCUCUUCGCUCUCUUCGAUGGACAGUCGGCAGCAGAGGGACCCGGGCCCAUGGCCGCCGAGUGCUGUGCCAAGGCGCUGCAGCCGAAGCUGUUGAGGAACAUGUCCGCCAUACCCCAGGGCUACGAGAAUGCCACCUUCAUCAAGGCCUGCCUGAAGAAGGCUUUCGAGGACCUCGACAAGGAAGUUCUCCGGAAUCACCCUGGUGUUUCCGACGGCUGUGGUGGUGCCGUGGCACUGUUGGUGGGGGAGAAGCUCUUCACGGCCGUCUGCGGCUCCUGCGAGCUUACCUUGCUGGAAGCCGGACCGCGGAAAGGCAACAAGCAGGACACGUGCAAGGCCGUGAACAUGGGCGUAAACCAGGGUCACUUCAAGGUUCCGGAGGAUCAGAAGUUUCUCCAAGACAACGGUGGAAUGGUCUUUCCUGGAGAGGGCGGCAAGCUGAUGACCAGCAACCCGCAAGGAGCAACAACAGCAGUGUCCAGGUCUAUAGGAGAUCGGGCAUGGAAGGGAUCCAUGGGAGGCAUGCCUGGUAGCUUGAAGCUUCUGAGAAGCGUUCCUGAGACCAGACACACAGAUGUCUCCUGGGCCGAUCGGCACAUCGCCUUGGUGCUUAGCUCCACGCCUGUUCCAGCCGCCAUACCAACUGCGCAGGUUGCCCUGACGAUUUCCGACUUUGAGUACAAGCCGCGAGCGGCCAGCGGCGACAUUGCUCACCGCGCUGCCCUGGCGCCCCAGAAUGCCAAUGCGCAGUGCACGACCAUCGUGGUCUACUUCGUCCCCAAGGACGACCGCGCUGUCAUGGAGCCAGCAGCCAAGAGAGCCAAGAAGGAAGCCGAAAGCGUGCGCUUGCGGCACAUCGUG